AUGUCAGUAAAAUCUCUUCGACGACGGCCACUCGACUUUCUCUACGUCGUCUACUGCUCAAUUCACCUCUUCUUUUCCGUCACUGUCGACGUUCUUCCGCUCUGGCCAUCAUUCACAACUCAAAUCCCAGUCUUGAAGCAGAUCCACGGUGCCUUUGCGGCGUUCGCUGAGGAUCAUACAAUCAAGACAAACGAUCCUUUCAUGCUUGCCAUUCUUGGUCGUGUCCAGCGGGACUGGGAGUUCUAUUCAUUUAGAGCGUUCAUGUGGAUCGAGCUGUUAUUUCUCAUUCCUGCGUUCAUCCUUGUUAUUCGUGGCUUGCGUCAAAAUUUGACGAGUGUAUAUCCGGUCCUAUUCGCAUACGCAUCAGCCGCCCUUGUGAUGACAGGUACACACAUGGCUACUGUUCUCAAAGCACCAAGCGCUUCCGACCAGACGCUUGAUGCGGUGUCAAAAUUCUACGCGCUUAGUGACGGUGCUCGAUCGUCGCUAAUACGGGCAAUAGCACCCUAUCUUCUCAUCCCUGCAAUCAUGUGGGUUGACAUGUUCAUCAGACUAAGAGGUCUGGUUGCAGUCGCACAUUCCGUCAAAGAAAGCGGGAAGACUCGCCAGCAACCACGUUAA